AUGCCCGCGGCCCCGCCGCAGAGGGAGCGCGCUCGCCGCGCCCGCCCGCCCAUGCAGUUCGUGUACGUGAGCAGCUUCGGCUCGCACCGCAGCAGCACCGUGAUCCACCUGGGCCGGGGCCGCUGGCAGAGCCCCGGGCAGAGCUCCCCGGGCCGGGCUGGGGCCCCGAGGGCCGCCCCGGAGCCGCGGGCCGGGCCCAGCCCCGAGGGGCGAGCGGGGAGCGGCAAGGGCAGAGCCGGCAGCCGCACCAGCAGCGGUGACCCUCAAGAGGCUAAGGCUGACAUUUUUGACUUUCCUGUCCCUUCAAGAAACGUUGAUAAAGUCAUUAAACGAAAGAAGAAAAAGUCCAAAGUCUGGCACAAGGUAUGGAAAGUGAUUUCAAAAAUGCUUGAGGAAAAUGAAAGGUUCAGAAGUCGACUGUUGACCUGCAGCCAGGUUGAUGGAGAAGGCUCUGACAAGAUCCAGAGGUCACAGAAUGGGGCAUACCUGGACAGGGAUGAGUCCAUCUUUGGCUGGGUUUAGCAAGAAAAUAAAGGAAGAUUCAGCCCCAAAGGAAAUAUAAACAAAGUGAAAGCUUUUAUUUUGAUCUAGUUCUUCCUGGAGUCAGUGCAAAGCUGCAAAGUGACUUCAGGGAACACAGGUUCUCUGUUGUUUGCUUGGUGUUUGUGCUUCUGCUGUUUAAGAGGUUUGUUUUUACAGUGGCUUAAACAGCUCUGUUGCAAGAUAUUUAUCUCAAACCAUUAAGUCUGGUGUUUCACUGAGCUAUUAGUUUUAGAAAGCUUUUUAAUGAGCAUAAUAUUGUGACAGUUUGCUUGCAAAAGAAGAGAUACACAUUUACUGUUGUCUUUGUAUUUAUAUCUUUUAUUUUUGUAGCUUGUCAGAAUAAUAAACACAAAUUCAGUAAGGCAGUACUCCACACAAGACAUAAACACCACUUUCCUUUUUUCCUGGUUUGAAUAAA